AUGCCGUCUGAGGUUGAAAUUGUGGUUGAGAAAGAUGAUGAUGAAAUUGAGGUUACUGGAGAGUCCAAGGAUGCUACAGAGAAGGAAGCGAAGAUAACCCAAAAAGUUGUCCCCAUGCCUAGACCUCCACCUCGAUUCCCACAGAGGUCCAUGAAGAAGGAAAGCAAUAUCAAAUCAGUAUCAGUGGUGACUCAUAUUGUGGAGCGAGAUUUGGAUGUCUUUAUUAAAGAGCGGUUGGGGGUUGAUGCACUUGCAUCGGUAAUGAUGAUUUUUGAGGGUGAUGCUGAUUUGAAUACGGAACAAGUUGAGGCUUUGGUUUCUAUGUUGAAGAGGUUCAAUCGGGCUAUUGGGUGGACUAUUGUGGACAUUAUUGUGAUUCCUCCUGGCAUUUGUUCUCAUAAAAUCCAACUCAUGCCAGAUCACAAGCCCAGUAUUGAUAACCAAAGGAGACUAAAUCCUCCUACGCAAGAGAUAGUGAAAAAGGAAACCAUCAAGUGGUUGGAUGCUGAAUUUAUUUAUCCCAUUGCAGACAGUAGUUGGGUUUGUCCUAUUCAGUGUGUGCCCAGCAAAAGUGGGAUUACUGUGGUACCUAAUAUGACAAACGAGCUUGUUCAGAUGCGGCCAGUGACACGAUGGAGAAUCUUCAUAGCUCCAGAAGACCAAGGGAAGACCACAUUCACUUUCCUUUAUGGGACUUUCGCAUUCAAACAGAUGCUAUUUGGGUUGUGUAAUGCUCCAGCGACUUUCCUGCGUUGCAUGAUAUCGAUAUUUUCUGAUACGGUGGAGGAAACUAUUGAGGUAUUUAUGGAUGAUUUAUCUGUGGUAGGUGACCCAUUUGAUGGUUGCUUGGAUCAUUUGGCAGAGGUACUGAAACGGUGCGAAGAGUGCAAUCUCGUGCUAAAUUGGGAAAAGUCCCACUUCAUGGUGAAAGAAGGGAUCAUUCUGGGUCAUCGUAUUUCUAAGAAGGGUAUUGAGGUUGAUAGAGCGAAUGUCGAGAUAAUAGAAAAGCUUCCACCUCCUAUCUCUGUUAAAGGUGUUAGAUGUUUUUUUGGGCAUGCAAGCUUUUAUAGGAGGGCAUUUGGAGAGUUGAAGGAAAAGCUAGUUUCCGCACCUAUCAUUAUUUCACCAGAUUGGGGGAAACCAUUUGAGGUAAUGUGUGAUGCUAGUGGAGUGGCGCUUGGUGUGGUUUUGGGAUAG